CUCUAGUCUGACUAUGGCGUCUUCUGAAUUAUCGAAAGCAAUGGAUGAAUUUGGAGUCACUGGAGAACAUGUACCAUACAUUCAGCGUUACUUCAAACGAGGAUACGCUAUCGACGUGAAGGGAAGACCCAGGGAAGACCAUUGCGUACUACAGCACAGUAACAGAAUGUGUGUUUUGUGUUUGGCACCUUCACAUCCGAUUGUGUGCAAUAAAGAUGUUCAGGUGACGAAGGUUGACUACAAGGUAACUAAUCGGCUUGACAGAACAAAGAAUAAAGUAGUUGGCAAGCGAAAAAAAGGAGCACAGUGGCUUAAUCCAUUAUCACCUGUCUGCAUUGUAUAUUGUAGUGAUGGCAGUCAGUACACUACAUACAGCUGCAUUCGAUCAAGUUUGCUUGAGAUCAAUGAUCAACUUCUUGUGACGCCAAAUCUUCUAAAAGAUGCACCUGAAGCAGAAGGAUACUUGGCUAUUUUGAGACCAAAGUUUGCUGAAAGUGCCGACAUCUUGCAGUAUUUAGAAACCGAAGAAAAUUAUAAGCAAAAGCGACAGCAGAGAGACAUGGACGAAGUUUUGAAAUGAUGUUGUUAAUAAUAGAGUUUACUUACUGGAAAAUUGAUGUUUGGUUUUCGUUCUCGAAUGAUUGCACAUUGGAUUAGUGGAACUUGCUCAUUGUUGCAAGUGUCACGUGAUAUAGACAGGCCACAGCAGUAGGGAUUGCUAGAAUAAAAGUUAUACAGCACGCAGUACAAGUUUGGAAGUACAAUGACAAGG